CCCUCUUUAAGUUGCUGAUUCUGCCGUGAAGAGAGUUGUCCAACCAGGCACCACUCACUUUGCAAUGGUUCGUUUGAUACUCUUCGCGAUUCUUGGCUUUAUCCAAGUACCAGUCGCCAAAGGUUAUGUGUAUCAACUUUUUGUGUCCACGGGUUUCUCUGGGAUUGACGAUGACAAGGUUUCAAUCAUUUUGGUGGGUGUAGGAGGUGCUCAGACAUCGGUUCACCAUCUGUCAGGACCGUUUGACCGUUACAGCGUAAUGCGAUUUACGAUAACAGAUCGAGAUGUAGGAAAACUUUCCGCCAUCAAAAUACAACUGGUACAAACCGGAGUUUAUCAAGACUAUUGGUGGCUAAGCCAGAUUUAUGUUAUUACGUCUCGGCAACGUUACCAAUUUUCUUACAACAAAGAAGUAAAAUACCAAUGGAAUACCAUUUCUUUGAACUGCAGAAAAGGUUUUAAGAAAGCACCCGAUGGGAAAUGUGUCGACAUCGACGAAUGCAAGGAUUCUGGUGGCUGUGCAGACAAUGUUGCUUCGUGUCAUAAUAACGUUGGCUCAUACACAUGUACCUGUCCUCUGGGCUACAGGACAAACUACGAAAACCGCUGUGAAGAUGUAGAUGAAUGUAGAUCAAACAAAGGCGGCUGUGAUGAGUAUUGUAUAAACACUGUUGGCUCAUUUCACUGCGCAUGUCACCGCAGCGGCUUUCAAGUCGUCGAUGGUUAUCGCUGUGCAGAUAUCGACGAGUGUAAAGAGGGGAAGGACAAUUGCGACAAGACGACAACUACUUGUAGAAACUACCCUGGUGGUUUUCAGUGUAAAUGUAAACCAGGAUACGAGUGGAAGGAUUACUCAUCUUGUAAACGUAAGACGUGCUCCCACUUCAGCGCAGACAGAGAUUCUCGUAGUCAACUUCAUCCUGCAAAAUGCACACAAGAGGGACAAAAUAAAUACGAGGACACCUGCAAAGUUGUGUGCAAUCAUGGAAAUGUUCUGAAUAAGCCAGCGGCUGAGAUUACAACUUGCGGCAAAGAUGGGUUGUGGGUUCCUCAUCCAUCGUAUUGCAUAGGAAGACCAUGUCCAUCAUUAAAAGACAUUCCAAAUGGUUCUGUGCAGGCCAGCUGCAAAAUAUAUCUUGAUGGCUCCACUCGUUAUGGAGGUCGAUGCUUUUACAGGUGUAAUUCCGGGUACGAUCUGAAGGGAGUCAGCUACAGGGACUGUCAGGCGGAUGGUAAAUGGAGUGGAACUGAACCGAUUUGUGAAAAACGGCAUCCGACACCGUAUAUCACGUGUCCUUCUGACAUUAAUGUGAUUCUAAAGCCGGGGAUGAGCACAGCGGAUGUCAGUGAUCAGUGGAAAAUCCCCACAGCUAACGUUAAGAACGUCACUGCUGUUGAACCUCCUGGUGUAAGCAGCAGCUACCGAUUCCCGUUCGGCAGCACGACUGUCAGGUGGGCAGCGGUGAACGAAAUCGGUCAAGCGAAAUUUUGCACAGUGCUUGUGGGUGUGAAAGACAAUGAAAAACCCAAGGUUGUCUUCUGUCCAGAGAAGAUCUACAAAGUGUCCUACAGCACCUCUCAAGUGUGGGUAAACAUCUCAAGACCGGUCUUCACUGAUAAUGUUGGUAUUGUCAGAUACAUUCCUCCUCUCAUUGACGGCAAGUCUUUGUCAAGAACAAGUGGCUAUCACAUGACUUUCACUGCUGUUGACGCCAGUGGAAAUUCAGCGGAUUGUAAAAUCAUCCUGUAUGUCGGAGGAGAACGAUGCCAAUUGCCCCCUGAAAGCGACCCCCCUAGUGGUUCAAUGACGUGCCAUUGGAUACUGGGCGGGACCACCAGAUAUUGUAUAAGAACGUGCCCUCAGGGCGAAAAGCCUUUUGGUUUCUAUUCUUGGUGGUCUUGUGGAAAAUCUGAUGGAAAAUGGAAAAGUUAUCCUCAAUCGUUACCAGUUCCACAGUGUGUUGGUUACAAGGAGGUCAAUACCAGUCUUCCAUGUGACGUUGGUAGCAUUCGGAAUUCGUCGUUUGGCUCAGGCUGCUAUGAAUGCCCACCAGGGACGUAUGACAAAAAUGGCGCCUGUGAAGCAUGCGCAGAAGGCACGUUUCAGGAAAAAACUGGGCAGACAGACUGUAAAGCAUGUCCUUCAGGGACACAAUCAGGAAAAGGAGCAUACAAGUGUCGACUUAUUUGUCCACCUGGUCGAUAUUCCAAGGAUGGACUCGGCCCAUUCUGUAAAUUUUGUUCCAAUGGAACAUACCAAGACAAACCACAGCGGACAAGUUGCUUGCCUUGUCCACAGGGAACCUACACCCUGCAUAUUGGAGCUACGUUUUGUGGAAGGUCUCCUAAAAUCACAAAACUUGAGCCGGGAGACGUUGCUUCAGUCAGUGUGGGUGGGACUGUGGUGUUGAAAUGUUUCUCAGAUGGAGAACCCACACCUUCUGUUUAUUGGAAGUACUCAGUUAAUGGUAAAGGUUCCAAAACUCAAGCCCCAAUCAAGGACAAGAACGGUAAUCCCAUAGGAACACAGCUGACCAUCGGAAAUGCAGACUCAUCAGAUAGCGGAAGCUACUCUUGCAUGUCAGCUAACACACAUGGUGAAGUGACUCGUGCUGCUCAACUCACUGUUGCAAAAUCAUCUGUUAGGAGAGAAACAACACGAAAGAAAGAUAUGGCAAAUGACGUCUUGUUUCCGAGGGCUGUAGAUCAGUGUCCCGCGGGUAAAUUCAGUGCGGACGGGUCAGGUCCUCUGUGCCGAGUCUGCCCAAAAGAUACUUACCAGGACCAACCUGGAGAGACCGCAUGUAAAAACUGUGAGCAUGGGACCAAGACUUUGCAAUUGGCUGCGACUUCUGCAGAGGCAUGUGGCGUUUCCCCGGUGAUCACCAGCUUGAACUCCAGUGUAGACACGAAUAGUAGAGAAGCUGUGCUCGACUGUUAUGCGCAUGCCUCGCCAACCCCACUUGUCAGUUGGCAUUUUCUGGAGGAUGUUCCAAGUGACUUCCUUGGUAUUCCCAAGCUCGUACAGCUGGUUAACAGUAAAGGACAACCAAUUGGUACUCGCAUGGUUAUAAGAGUAGUCACAGAACACAACACAGGGCGGUACGAGUGUACCGCGGUCAACCAAUUCGGCCAGGACAAGGAAACCCUUGACUUGAAAGUGUCGUGAUCGUGAUGUCAGUCAUGGUUACUGGAAAUUCCAAGAGCAACAACAGCGGUACAGUGUCAACGCAGAUUUAUUGACUGAACACUCUUGUAACUCCUCU